UGCAGGGGGCCGGGGGCCGGCCGGCGCCGGGGGGCUCUGCCCGCGCUCUCUGAGCGGGCCUCUGCCCGCAGGCCCCGGGCUCAGCUAGGGCCCCGCGCCCGGCGGACUGGCGCUGAGCGGCCCCGGGGCGGGGGUCCCCCGGGCGGGCGGCCAUGGCCACCCGGCGUCUAACCGACGCGUUCUUGUUGUUGCGGAACAACGCGGUGCAGAGCCGGCAGCUGCUGGCCGAGCAAGUGAGUAGUUACGGCUCCUCCAGCCCUCUGAAUUCACGUAGCAUGGCUGCUGCGGAGCUGGAUGAGCUUGCUGAUGAUCGUAUGGCCCUGGUGUCAGGAAUAAGUUUAGAUCCCGAAGCAGCAAUUGGUGUAACAAAACGCUUACCUCCCAAGUGGGUUGAUGGAGCAGAUGAAAUUCAGUAUGAUAUUGCCAGGGUGAAACAGAAGAUGAAAGAAUUAGCCAGUCUUCAUGAUAAACAUCUGAACAGACCAACACUAGAUGACAGCAGUGAAGAAGAACGUGCAAUAGAAAUAACAACCCAAGAGAUCACACAGUUAUUUCACAGAUGUCAGAGAGCAGUCCAGGUCUUGCAGAGCAGGUCACGAACUUGUACAGAACAAGAAGCACGUGUUCUCAGGAAUGUAGUGUCUUCCUUAGCGCAGUCCCUUCAGGAGCUAUCCACCAACUUCAGGCAUGCACAGUCUGACUAUCUCAAACGCAUGAAGAGUAGAGAAGAAAGAUCCAAACACUUCUUUGACACCUCAGUCCCACUGAUGGAUGAUGGGGAGGAUGAUACACUUUAUGACAGAGGUUUUACAGAUGACCAGCUAGCAUUGGUGGAGCAAAACACAUUGCUGGUGGAAGAGCGGGAACGAGAAAUCCGUCAGAUUGUACAGUCAAUCUCUGAUCUCAAUGAAAUAUUUAGGGACCUGGGAGCAAUGAUAGUAGAACAGGGAACAGUUCUAGAUAGAAUUGACUACAAUGUGGAACAGUCGUGUAUUAAAACUGAAGAGGGUUUAAAACAACUACACAAGGCAGAGCAAUAUCAAAAGAAGAAUCGGAAGAUGCUUGUUAUUCUAAUUUUGUUUGUUAUAGUAAUUGUCCUCAUUGUUGUUCUUAUUGGUGUAAAGUCACACUAGGUUUCACUUAAUUUUCUUAUUUUUGGAGUUUACGUGAACUUUUUUCCCCAAUGUGAAUGGAUGGACCUGCACUCAAGAAAGCUGCCUUUGAAUGUAUACGCCCUCGUGGUACAAAGUCUGUGCAAUGCUUCUGUAGGAUUCCUCAAAGUUCAAGUUUGGUGAUUGGUGAGGUGUUGAUAAAGAGUAGACGGAGAACAUCAGGAAAUUUGAUGCUCUCGAAUCAUUUGGUUCCUUGUCCAGCGGUGUUUGGAAACACGUUGCUUAAAUAACUACAGAACUGUAAUUUAUUAGUGAGUUCUGUAAUUAGUUUGUUACAGUGAGAAAGAAUAUGUUGUCUUCUGUACUGCCACAGUUUUUAAGGCUUCAAAUUUAAACCAUGUUCCUGAGUCAUAGGACUAGAGCUGAGGCACAAGGCACGAAAGUGUCUGACUUCAUUUCUUCAGACUCGAAAAUUCAGAGGAAAUGGAGAUGAAUAAGAUAGUUUUUAACAGGCAGAGCCUAAUUCCAUCCCUGUGAUCUUAAUUUAGAUAUUGCAUCAUUACUAAGAAUCAAAAUAGUAUAUGAUCCUGUAACUAACAAGAUUUAAUCACUGGUGUAAUUUAACACAUUUAACUAAUUAAAUUUUUUUUGAGCUUGAGCAAUCAUGAGAACAUUUUUUUUUCUUUUUACCAGAAAGAUCAUGCAUAUUUAUGUCCUUAAAAAAAAAAAAAAAAAAAAAGUACUGCCAGUACAUCAAAGCGGUGAAGAAGUUAAAUCUGAAAAAUAGAGAUUUCCCUUUUGGCUUUCUACACAGUGUGACCUGCUGUGGGGGCUCUUGGCUCUUAGCUGUUUUCUAAGCUGUUUGUUUUACAGUGCUUCUGUCCACAUGUGGUCUUAUCUAUGUAACUUUACUGCAAUAUGUAUUAGAUCCAUUUUCCCAUAGCUAUUUUUUUCAAAUGCCUGCCUAGGAAAGGGUGCGUUUUGGUUCUCCUACUGACCAUGAUGCCAUGCAAGUGAUGUGUCCUAGAAGGCCUUCAGUGGAAAAUUACCUGUUUAUUUUUUAAAAAAAAUUCUUGCAAUGGAAAACUUUGCUGUAGGCCAUAAGAGAUGAAUUAGAGAAACAUCUAUGUAAUAGAGGAUUCAUAUUUCAAUCCAGGUCUGAAGUAGUGUGCAAUUGUAGAGGCCUUGCCUUAAUAUUUUUAAUAUGGCUCUUCUGUAUGGACUUUUCCCCCAAAGACUGUAACUUAAUUUCCUCCAUUUCUGACUGAUGCAAUGCUCCCCAUAAACUUGCAGAGGUGUUCUGCUCAAAUGCCCUGAAGUGCAGUUUUGUAAUAUGUGCUAUGAUUUUAAUGUUGCACCUGCUCUGAACUUGUGUUUACAAUGUACUGAGGAGGUCCUAAGAUGUGGGUUUAAACAGACUCGAUGCAGGAACAGACCUGAAAGAAAAGACUACAAAAACAUGUCAGCUGUGGCUUAUUGCGGAGAGAUUUGUACCACUGUGUUACCUCCAGACAAACGGGAUGUUGAACUUCCAAAGCUGCCAGUUCAAGCCCUUGUUGAAAUUCACACAGUAGAUCAGUGAAAGUAUGCUUUUAGUUGGGUGUGCAGUCCCCCUGUUCUGGUAAUAGAUCUUUUCAAUGAUCGUGAGUAAAACUACUGUCUCCCUAGUGUGCUGGCUACAUCAGUUGGUGUGAAGCAGCAUAUUGCUAUAAUUUAAUAUACUGUAUUUGCAACUUUCUAACAUGAGAACGUGUUAUUUAUUUCUGUCUUGACUGGUGCUUUUGACAUUUUAUCACAGCUAAAGGAUUCAAAGAAGUAAUAAAACACUUCCAACCUAAUUGGUCAGUUCCUUUUUCUUAAAAUAGUGUAAGCUGAAGCAAAUACUUGUGAUGUUAAUGUCUCCAUAUAUUCUUCAGAAUUAAAUAAAAGCAGCAGUGACAUGAAA